UUCUAGGAGGAAAGUUUAUAAAAGUGUAGUUGAAAAGGGUUUAGAAAAGAUUUGGUCAUGUCGACGGAGAGUUCAGAUGGCAAUGCAUGGGUGUUUGACUCCCUAGUGGGUUUUCUUCACGGUCCUGUAUGGAAUGUGCCUUUGCAGACUUUUAUAGAAGAGAAAUCUCUGCCUUUUGAGCCAACGGACAAUGGAGAUGUAUUGGACAGGCCAGAAUACAAGAAGAUACAUGAUGAGUAUCGGAAUCUGGUAGAUGUGAUGCUGGGGUCCUUCAUGGACGACAUCGGGAUCUCUGCAGACCAGUUCGAAGCCGCCUGCCGUCUGUCCGCUCGCGAUUUGGCCGGACUACCCGCCCAAUUCCAUCGGAGGCUGUUUGAACAGAUCUGGGCCGCCAACGACUAUGAUAUCUUCGUGAAGAUGAUGACGCAUAAAAAUGUAGAGCUUCAGUUGCAGGCCCUAGAGUUGAUCGAGAGGCGAUUUGGAGCACUGCCCAACAUAUUUGCAACUGUACCGGAAGACUUGGAGACUUCCCGAAGCGACGAUAGUGAAGACUGGCCGGAUGCUGACGACGUCAUGACUGAGAUUAAAAAAUUACAAUUGGAGGAUUUUGAAGAUAAUGCCGUCGUGAGCGUUCCUCCCGAAGAAGUGGUGGCUGAAAAGCAAACUCUUUUAACCAAAGCGUCAAAGCUUCAAAGCUUUGAAAGGAAGGAGGAUUCCACUGAGAAAGCUAUCACUCCACCUGAACCUACAUUUUUGGAGCCACCAAAAUCGGCACCGAAAAAAGUUGAGGUGAGCGAGGAAGAAAUCCGUGCGCGUCAAGAGUACUUAAAGCAGCAGCGAGACAAACUUUUAGCCCUGAAGAAGCAAGUUCGUGAGAAAAGGUUGGGCGCCGCUGAAAAUGGGGCAGAUGGAAAAGGAGAAGGCCCUUGCGGACCCUCGCGGCCGCGCUCGGCGCGCGCGGCGCAGGCGGCGCUGGCCGGCGCGGCGCCGCCGCCGACCCCCGACGCCAUGCAGCUGCGCAAGGCGCUGGCCUCCAAACUGAAGACUGAAGUCGUCGAUAACCAUUAAGCUGACUGUACCUUACCGGCCGUUCCGAAUACUCCAGAUAAUGUAUAAACCCUAGAAAAGGGGUUCGUAAAGCCUGACCAGAAAUAUGACUGUCAGGAGCGUGCUGUUAUUAUGAUGUGUGAUGGGUUGACAGUUCAGUAUAUCGUCACUACUUUUUAAAAACUUGUAUCUUCGUCUGUCAAUGAAAAGAAAAUUGUAGUAUGUAUGAAAUGCAUAUAGACUUACUGCGUUUUAACUUUGAGGAGCAGCGUGAGAUACGAGAUUUUUUCAAAGUAGUGACGAUAUCAUGAAGAAAAUAGUUGUAAUAAAAUUCCGCAACAUGGCGGCGUAAUCAUAUAUUUCUGGUCAAGCAUUGUGUAUAAACCCUAGAGUUAGGCAUAGACAAUGUCAAAAGGCUCAAAAGCCUUCAUAUCGUAAGGGUGAAGUCACAUCUAUCAGCAUCGAGCGAUUUCUCAUACAAAAUGCCGCUCGAUGCUAAUAGCUGUGAUUCAACCCUAAGGGUAUUUGACAUUUUGUGAAACCUAGAAGACUAGGCGAUUUGUGCCUAGGCGAUUAUGACAUCCACAGGACAUCGUGCAAUAUCAAAUAGUACCGUAACAUGUCAUGAUAACUAGCAAAUCAUAUAAAAACCAACAUAACUUUUAUCUCGUUCUAGUAGUAAUAGUUAUUUCCACUCGUAUUGCAUAGAAAUAACGUUCAUAAUUUGAAGGAAUGAUAAUCUAACCACAAAAUUAAAAUUUUCAAAAAACCCCCGACCGCGACCUAGUGGACCGAUUUUCAUGAAACAUGGCUA